CGGAAGGGGAGGGCAAGGCAGGAGAGGGAAGGGAAAGAAAAGAAUUCACCAACGUGUACGAACAUGAUGGCUGUCUCCUGAAUACCGUUAGUCCCUAACGAGCUUACCCUUCAUUAGGGGCGAGUGUGCCGUUCCAGGGAGCUGAUGCCCCGUAGUCAGUGAUGAUGUUUAGGAGCAGGACGUUGUUCCGGUGCCAGCAGGCCGCGUUCCUCUUCCCUCUGCAUCCUUUGUUGUCCUGCUGCAGAUUCUGCCGCUUGCCUAUGUUUUCCUGCACGCCGUUCGUGCAGCUACCGCAGCUCUCCGUGUGCUGCUUUGGGGCUGCGUUUUGAACACCUACCACUCCUUAGCUGCGGUCCAAACCGUGGCUAGAUUGUCGCUGCCUAUGACAUGAGCAGUGUUACCGGGUCACAGAGUGCUGGCGCACUGACGUCGGUUACAGCACUUUCGAGUGCUCCUCGCUGGGCUGCAGGCAAGAAAAAGCAUUUUCGCUACGCUGCUGGCUCUGCUUCGACUGUGCGGGUGCUACAAGCCACUGCUGUGCCUACGGAAGGAGCAAGAGCACGAAGGGCGGGGCGGGAGGCGAAGCUUGCGGUGAAAGCAGCCUGGCUCCGCGGGAGGGUGUCUCCGCCCGGAAGAGGUCGGCGAGGGGUGGUGGCGCUUCCGUGCCUGGGAAGGCGCGUGAAGCGGCGGGCAGAGAAAGGCGCCACGCGUGAGCCGAGAGGGGAGCCGGAGCUGCGGUGCCCGGCCGCGGCCGGGGAGCUGCGGGGCGGCGGGAGAGGCGGCGGGUGUCGGGGCGUGUCGCGGCGGGCGGGCGGGCGGGCGGCGGCAGGAAGGCGGCUUUGGCGGCUUUGGCGGCGCGUGUGAGGCGGCGGGGCACACGGUGUCGCUGCAGGCUCAGGAACGGCGGCGGCGCGGCGCGGCGGCUCCGCCCCGGUGCGGCGGAGAGCCCGGCUGUGAGCGCGGGGGGAGCGGCCGGGCGCGGGCGGCGGUGCCGGGCAGCGGCGGCGAGCGGCGGCGGUGCCGGGGAGCCGUGCGGGGCCCGUGCGGGUGCCGGCGCUGGCCAUGGGCGUGUGCGUGCCGGCGGCGCUGCGGGUGCUGGUGCUGCAGGCGGCCUGGGCGCUGGGCGGCGGCCAGGUGCGCUACUCGGUGCCGGAGGAAGCCAAGGCCGGCACGGUGGUGGGUCGUCUGGCGCAGGACCUGGGGCUGGAGGCGGGCGAGCUGGAGGCGCGUCGGCUGCGGCUGGUGGCGAAGGGCCGGCGGGCGAGCGUGGAGGUGAGCGGGGCGAGCGGGGCGCUGGUGCUGAGCUCGCGGCUCGACCGCGAGGAGCUGUGCGGCAAGAGCGCGCCGUGCGCCCUGCGCCUGGAGGUGCUGGUGGACCGGCCGCUGCGCGUCUUUCACGUGGAGCUGGAGGUCACCGACAUCAACGACAAUGCCCCGCUCUUCCCCGCCGCCCGCAGAAACCUCAGUGUCGCCGAGUCCUUAACGCUGCCGGGCUCGCGCUUCCCGCUGGAGGGCGCGUCGGACGCAGACAUCGGAGCCAACGCGCAGCUCUCCUACAAACUCAGCCCGAGCGAGCAUUUCGCUCUGGACUUGCAGCGGAGCGAAGACUAUCGCGAGUCGUUGUUUUUGAUUCUGUCGAAGGCGCUGGACCGGGAGGCGAUGGCGGUGCACCGGUUGGUGCUGACGGCGAGUGACGGCGGCAGACCGUCGCUGUCGGGCACGAUGGAGCUGGUGAUCUCGGUGCUGGACGCGAACGACAACGCGCCCGAGUUCAACCAGUCGGUCUAUAAAGUGCAGCUGGCGGAGAGCGCUGCAGAGGGGACGCUGGUGGUGCGCGUGAGCGCCACGGAUCCAGACGAGGGAAUUAAUAAAGACUUUUCGUACAACAUCAUCAAUUUGUUUCCUUCUACUGUCACAGACGUGUUUACCAUUAAUCUGAACAGCGGGGAAAUCAGACUGACGGCCCCGCUGGAUUUUGAGGACGUUCGUCUAUACGAGAUACAAGUGGAAGCGAAAGACAGGGGUACGCCUCCGUUAUCGGGGCACUGCAAAGUGGUAGUGGAGGUGCUGGACGUGAACGACAACGCGCCGGAGGUGUGGGUGACGUCGCUGUCGGUGCCGGUGCCGGAGGACGCGGCGGUGGGGACGGUGGUGGCGCUGCUGAGCGUGUCGGACCGGGACUCGGGGGCGAACGGCCGGGUGCGGUGCGCGGUGUGGCCGGCGGCGCCGUUCGGGCUGGUGGCGACGUUCGAGGGCUCGUACUCGCUGGUGCUGCGGGAGGCGCUGGACCGGGAGCGGGUGGCGGAGUACGAGGUGGAGGUGCGGGCGGAGGACGGCGGGGCGCCGCCGCUGCGCGCCAGCCGCGGGCUGCGGGUGCCGGUGUCGGACGUGAACGACAACGCGCCGGCGUUCGCGCAGGCCGUGUACACGGUGCUGGCGCGGGAGAACAACGCGGCGGGCGCGGAGCUGGCGCGGCUGUGGGCGCGGGACCCCGACGAGGCGGGCAACGGGCGCGUGAGCUACUCGGUGGCGGAGGGCGGCGCGGGCGCGGGGGCGCGGUCGGCGUCGAGCUACGUGUCGGUGGACGCGGAGAGCGGUCGGCUGUGGGCGCUGCAGCCCUUCGACUACGAGGAGCUGCAGGUGCUGCAGUUCGAGGUGCGCGCGGUGGACGCGGGGCAGCCGGCGCUGUGCGGCAACGCCACGGUGCAGCUCUUCGUCGUGGACGAGAACGACAACGCGCCGGCGCUGCUGCCGCCCGCGGGCGGCGGCGCGGGGCCCUGGGCUGGCGGCGCGGCGUCGGCGUCGUCGUCGUCGGGGCCGUCGUCGUCGGGGUCGUCGCUGUGGGCGUGGGCGGCGUGGGGGUCGCCGGCGGGGCAGGUGGUGGCGAAGAUCCGCGCGGUGGACGCGGACUCGGGCUACAACGCGUGGCUGCGCUACGAGCUGCGGGAGCCGCGGGGCAAGGGCGCGUUCCGCGUGGGGCUGUACAGCGGCGAGGUGAGCACGGCGCGGGCGCUGGAGGAGGCGGACGGCCCGCGGCAGACGCUGGUCAUCGUGGUGCGGGACCACGGCGAGCCGGCGCGCUCGGCCACGGCCACGCUGAGCGUGUCGCUGGGCGAGGGCGCCGAGGCGGCGCUGGCGGCGGCGGCGGGCGCGGGCUCGUCGCUGUCGGGGCUGCGGCCGGCGGCGGGCGCCGAGGGCGGCGCGGCGGCGGCGGCGACGACGACGAACGUGUGGCUGGUGGUGGCCAUCUGCGCGGUGUCGAGCCUGUUCCUGCUGGCGGUGGUGCUGUACGGGGCGUCGCGGUGGGCGCCGCGGGCGGCCGUGCUGUCGGGGCCCGGGCCGGCGACGCUGGUGUGCGCCAGCGAAGUGGGCAGCUGGUCGUACUCGCAGCGCCAGAGCCGGAGCCUGUGCGUGGCGGACGGCGCGGGCAAGAGCGACCUCAUGGUUUUCAGCCCCAACUUCCCGCCGCCCGCCGGCGCCGCGGCGAAGGAGACGCCGCAGGAUCCGCCCGCCCUCCUGGACACGGUCAGUGGCACUUUCUUUCCCCCCUCUUCUCACCUGCGGGUCUCCCGGAAACACUUUCACGGUUCUCGCCUGAGCCCUUUGGAAUCGCCUCUUGGCGCCUGCGGGGGGCCGGUGCUUGUCAGGUCCUUGAUCUCUGGCUGUUGGCCGCGAGGUCCCGUGUGUUUCCCUGCGCUUGCAAUAGCUCUCAGAGCUGAAGUGAGCUUUGAGAAAGAGUCUACCUUCUGGAGCCUGGGGUUUGCUAGGAUCUCUCCUGUAAACAUUUUCCAUAGUGUUACGCUGCGAAGUAUUCCGCAUGAGCGGUUCCCUUUCUAUUUCUGGCUGAGGUGUUACGGGAGAGCAGGCUCCUGCUCCCUGUAGGAUCCGCUACCUUUUUUUGUUGUCGAGGACCUAGAAGUGAACAGAGAGAUCCAGAGCAUGAUUUGGGAUGGAAGGAACGUGUGGAAGUCUGCAGUGCUGUCCCCGUGCUUAAAGCAGGUCUAACUUCGAAGUUGGAGGAGGUUGCUGAGGAUGUUGUGCCUUCGAGAGCUGCAUAUGGUUGCUCGCUGUCAUUCUCCAUCUACCCCUGCUUGUGAAGACCUCUGCCGUGUGCCCCUUUCAGUCAUUUCUCUUUGAACAUGGGGAAUCGUUCCUCAAAGAGAAGUUCCUCCAAAGUUUUGGUCAGCUUGAUGGUGGUCUCUGAAACUCUCACUGUUCUCUCUUCUCUUUAUCGCAUUUGGGAGGUGAUGAACUGCAUGCAGAAUUCAGACUUUCGUUGAACCUGGAGUUUGCAUAACGUGGAAUGAAAUCCGUUGUUUUCUUCUCUGCUCCCAGAAGUCUUGCAUGUAGGCCAAUUCGAAUGAAUAUUUUAUUUUUGGCUGCUGAUGCUCCCACAGAAUGCUGCUCUGCAGCCUUCUGUCUUACGGAGAACGCUGUCCUCCUCUUCCUCCUCCUCUUUGAUUCUCUCUUUCAUUCAUGCAAGGUGACCUCUGUUGGUACUUCAUGGUUUUCUGCCCCCCUGCCUUGUAUGGCAUCUAUUUGUUCGUGAAGUACUACACAAUUAGUUUGUAGGUGGGACAGAUAAUGGGACUCUGUAUGGAUAACAAUGUAAUGAGAGAAGACCUGUUUGACAGACAGACCUAUCUGUGUUAGCAUUUGGUAUCUUUAUUUUGGUUCAGCCUCAUGUUGUGUGGCUAAUGUUUCUUUGCUAGAAUGAGCAAGCAAUUUCUGUC